AUGCAGGCGUUCAUCGUCGGCACCGUCGCCUCCUGGGUCGGGCUCGAAUUGAACGCCAAGAAGUGCGCCACCCUGGCCAUGCGCCGCAGCGAGGCCGUGAAGGCCGUCACCGCCAACCAGGGCCAGCCCAUCCAGGCCAUGCAGGCCGCCGACGCGUACCAGCACCUUGGAGUCCCCGGGCUCUACGUCAACCAGACUCCCGAGGACGCCAUCAAGUCCAUGCCGCAGGACCUCGCCGCCGUCAAGGACUCCCUCUUGGCUCCUUGGCAGAAGCUCGACGCCGUGCGCACGUUCAUCCUGCCGCAGGCCCAGUUCGUGCUGCAGGCCACUCGCAUCCAGAAGACAGCCUUCCAGGACCAGGACAAGGCCACCAAGAGCGCGGCCAAGCAGUUUCUCCAUCUGCCUGACCGAGCGAGCAACGAGAUCAUCUACAUCCCCUGCCGCUCAGCUAGAGACCCUCCCGAACGCCUCAGAAUGAGCCAUAACUGA